CAAGCGCAAUGCCACAUCCUUAGUCCGCAUGAUCCUAAAGCCCCCUUCUCGCAGGAAUUAUUUUCGACCAAUUAUUAGACCAUCAAACGGUUCGGGGCUAGACCAAAAACAUUCAGGGCUGCACCCCGUGAAGUCUACCUUUAACAACGCAGAUAGCUUGGUUAUACUCCACUUGUUCAAUAAGUGUCUAUUGAUCCACAUGGGAACGCAACCUGCUAGUCUCCACUGUCUGCUCGGGUGGAAAGAGGACAAAACACGAUUAAAGAUUGGAAUCAUUGGAGGCUCUGGCCUUGAUGACCCAGACAUAUUGGAGGGAAGGACCGAGAAAUAUGUAGACACACCUUAUGGAAAGCCUUCAGAUGCCCUUAUAAUGGGGAAGAUCAAAAAUGUUGAAUGUGUGCUCCUUGCAAGGCAUGGGAGACAGCACACCAUCAUGCCAACCGACAUCAACUACCAGGCUAACAUCUGGGCGUUGCGAGAGGAGGGCUGCACACAUCUCCUGGUCACCACGGCCUGUGGUUCCCUCCGGGAAGAGAUCCAACCAGGAGACAUCGUCAUCAUCGACCAGUUCAUAGACAGGACGACAAAGAGGGCCCAGACGCUGUACGACGGGCGGCCCACCAGUCCUCCAGGCGUGUCUCACAUCCCCAUGGCUGAGCCCUUCUGCACCCGGACCAGAGAGGUGCUGCUGGAGGUGGCGCGCGGCCUGGGGGUGAAGUGCCACCCGCAGGGUACGGUGCUCACUAUCGAGGGCCCUCGCUUCUCGUCGCGUGCCGAGAGCCUGAUGUUCCGCCAGUGGGGUGCCGAUGUUAUUAACAUGACCAGCGUGCCCGAGGUGGUCCUCGCCAAGGAGGCGGGCCUUUGCUACGCCAGCAUCGCCAUGGCCACCGACUACGACUGCUGGAAGGAGCAUGAGGAGGCUGUGAGUUUUUUGUUUUGUGGAAAUUCUCUCCCCAUUGUAUUUUUUUUAUUGAUUGUAUGCUCUGAUGGUCUUGCGACCGAAAGCUUGGCCUUAUUCAAUGAAAUGUGUGCAUUGAUCCUGAGUGCGUGGAGACUUUAUUCCAUGACAUAUUUUAUUGAUAGUAUGAGAGGACAGGGAAGACAGGAGGAGAGUGUCAAACACGCAGUGGGAUGGAUACGCAUCAACGCCCAACGGCGACAGUGGUGUGCAGCCGCUUGUCAGCAACCCAGGCCACAGGGAAGAAGCUUUUACACAAGUGUGUGUGAGGUUCUGGAACUGUUUCGGGGAGAGAUGUUUUGGAUUGUCCUCAAUUUUCAGUUGCACCACAACACAGAUUAUCUGGAAAUUUGUUACGCAAAUGCACCCGUUUCACUAAGAUGACGCAUUCAUGUAAUGCAUGUGGUCAACUGUCUUGUUACUUGGUAAUAUGUCUUACAUCCGCUUUCACAGCAGUUGGACAUUUCCAACUGCAAUAUUAGGCAAAAAAUGAGUGGCUAAGAACUGAAAUGCGUCAGAGCUUUUUAUUUUUCCCAUCGUAAAACACUUACUGCUUUCCUUGUUUCAAUUUCUCAGGGCUCCGGUCUUUCCCACCAGAUUCUUGACAAGGUGACAUGAUAUUUUUGCCUCGCGUGGUAUUUAGAAAGAGUCAAAUCAAAUGUAGGUUAGCGGUCACCGUCAGUGAAUUCCAUGAACACUUUUAGUGUAGAUUGAUUUCUCUCUGAAUUUUGAGAACUAUCCUUUUUUUCUUAAUAUCCUGUGUGUGUAGUUAGUCACUUCCCCAUCAGUAAGAGCCAUUGUUUGGUAGUGUGUCUAAAACGUCCAUGACAUGAGGGCUGAAGUGACCGCUCCGUUUCUAAAACGGCUCCCAACGUGUACUCCAGUUGUCACACUGACCUAGAAGUCAACUCAAUCUGAUUUAAAUGCAUUUAUAUUCGUACAUAAGCAAAGCAGGAAUUCAAAAUGUGUCUAUCAAGUUAAGAACUAAAUAGUCACAUGCCUUUGUCACAAAGCUGUAGCAAAACAAAUGCAAAUAGUAUUUUUUUCGGGAUUUGAAAUUGCACAAUGACAUUUUGUCUGGUAUAAAUUUCCUCCUCGUCAGCGUUUUACAGGCAACUGUUUACGUUUCUAAUUCUUCUGCCUGAUUAUUAUAUCACUCUGAAGUACCUCAUGCGCACACACACACACACACACAACAGCUUCCGAGUGAGUGACUCACCCACUAUCCAGUUGAUAAAUUAUGUCUGGGGGAGGCUCGGCUUCCGUGCCCU